UUAUAGCAGAAUGAUUAUUUAAGUUUGAGGCUGGGGACGUGUUUAAUUAAAAAUUUGUAAAUUGCCAAUUGUGUUAUUAGUCUACCGGAUUCGCUAAUCUAACCAUAUUAGAAGUUAAUUAGAAGUUAAUAACAUAAAACUUUCCGUGUUUGUGAAGAAGAGCAUCGUAUCCAUAAAUAGGUAAACACGAUAACUCAUACGGCGUAAUUGCUACGCAGCGCGCUAGACAACAUCUAUGAUAUCAAUAAUGACGUAAUUACCCUUUACUGUCAACAAUGUCUGGAAAAUUAUGCAAUUUUUAUAAUAGAAUGAUUACUUGCUUUUGAGACUAGGGACGUGUUUAAUUAAAGAUUUGCAAAUUGCCAAUUGUGUUAUUAUUCUACCGCACUCGCUGAUCUAACCUCAUGUAAAUAAUUAGAAGGUAAUAACAUAAGAAACUUCCCCUUUUUAUAAAGAAGAGCAUCGUAUCCAUAAAUCGGAGUAAGAUAAUGAAAAACAUUUAGAUAAGCUACGUGUACCUUGAUAAACUUCUAAUCCGGGGUAUAAAAGGGACACGACAUUUCCGCAAUCCCAUAGUUACAGAUACACUGAAAACAAUACAAAAUGUUUCGUUCGAUAGCUACUGUCUUCAUCCUAGCCAGCGCAGCGCAGGCUGCUUUUGAACUUAUUAAUUAUCCACGCGAAACCUUUAUUCUGAAAUUAACUGACGAAGAUAUUAUACAAACGAAUUCGAAUUUUUAUCCUGAACAACUUGAUAUUCGAACAAACCUGGGAACUCUUAGCACUGGUGAACAUGUUUCAGGUGAAAGAAUUUAUAAUUCAAUAUUAGAAUACUCUAAUCAACAUGAGCAACUUGUAUUGGUGCUAGUUCUGAAGCUGCAAGUGGACGGAAGAAUUAAUUUUGUAAGUGCCGAGAACAUUCGCGGCAGCGAAGCGGUUGUCUGUGGGACUGCGAAUACUUUAGGAUCGUCUGAAGGCAGCAUUCACGUUCGAAUUGCACCAAGAUCCACCGCAAGAUUACGUGUGUUAAUUGGGGCGCACUAAACUAUGCUAACUCCAUUAAACAAUUUUAUUUUUCCUUAACGUUCGUAAACAAUAACUUCCGCAUUAUUUUUAUUACAAAUGGAUAUAGGUAUUCUAAGUAGAAAUUGUAUGGCGCUAUAGGAUGUCGAAAAAAUAAACAUAUUACUUAAAUUUUUUAUUAUUACUCACCUGAACUUCCUUCUAUAGCUUUCUAAUCAGGAUAGAAGAAUAUCUGCGUGUUUUAAACAUAUUGGUGUUUGGUAAGAUUUUUAUGGUUGGUGGCAAAUUUUGUGGCGCCAAACCUUACUGUCGAUCUCCAAUCCUGUCGGCAUAUCUUUCCCCUUCUUUUCAAGU